AUGCAACAUCAUCAACAACAACAUCAGCAAUUUAAUUUGAACUUGCAUCAGCAGCCUUCUUCGUCAACAUGCCAACAGACAAAUUCCUGGACUGGUCAGAGCGAAAGGGUGACUCUUCCUAAUGUUGGCUCAAACCUCUUAUUUAAUUCACAAAACAUGUUCUCCAACAAUAACAUCACACAAAUGAUGGCGCAACAAUCUAAUCAUCAUGCAACCUCAUCAGCCACUUCAUCAAGUGAUGUGAUGAGGAGUAAUAAUCAAAUGGAAAACAAUUUCAAUCCAGCCUUUGUAAGUACGAAGAAGAAGACUCCAACAUUACCAACAAACACUACCAACAAUACAACUGAUCACUUCUUCAAUCUUACACAGGUAAAUACUCCAUUCACAAUGCUGAAUACAGGUUUACUUGUACACAACUCAUCCGAGAGUUCAUCAACAUUUACAGCAUCUUCUAAAGCCUCUAAUUCAUGUGAUAAAACAAGUCCUUCAAAUAUAGAUUCAAUAACAGCUCAAUCAACAAAUGUAGAUGUUGUAUUGAUGAAUAAUGCUUGUAUCUUUUGCAAGUUGAAUCACAAAAAGUGUGACCGUGUGGCUUAUCCUGGUUGCUCCAAUUGUCUACGUUCACAAAAGCAAUGUGUUUAUGCUCAAGCAAGAAAAAGAGGUCCAAAAACCAUACUAAAUUCGAAUAAUUCAUUGACAGGUGUUGUAGAGUAUCAAUUUGUUGAUGACUCAUCUGUAAUUACUGAGAGAAAGAGCAAAACAAUAUCCAAAAGGAAGGAAUCACCUCCAUCAGUUCCAAUUCCAGUGAAAAGAGAAUCAAGGUAUAUCAAUGAAAGAGCCUAUCUCAAUAACUUACGACAAAUUGAGCUUGAUAGAAAAUAUUUUGACAAUAUUUCAUUAGAUGUGUAUAAGAGUCUUUCCUAUUCUAUGGUCCCACCAUCCAACAGAGAUGAAUUAAUGUAUUGGCUCAGUGUUUCUAUUACAGGAAAAACUGACCUAGAGAGCGAGCUGGAAGACAAGAUUGACCCUAGAGAGCCCCUAGGAAACUCCAAGCUGGCAUUCUUGUUUUUAAUGCAUGCUAUUUCAUUCUUCAGGAUUGGUAAUAUGGGAUUUGCUAAAAUAUUUUUCGAGAAGGGAAGAGAUCACAUUUCCAAGUGUUUCGAUCAAACCAAUGACAGUUCUGUCAUUUAUACGUACACGUUGAUGGCAUACUAUCUAUUGAGUGCUGAAUGCAAAAGUCCAUCCAAAUGUUCUUCAGCCACAGCAUGUUCAAAAGCAGCCAACUCUAAAUGUUAUUUGGAUUGUGUGGCAAGAUCCAAAUAUUUCUAUUCUAUUUGCACAUGGUAUUUGAAAGAAAGAGAAAAGGACAUGGAUGAACAUUGUAGUUUUAUUAGACAAGGUCUAUGUGUUUCAGAAUUAUUCUAUUUGAGUGAUGUUGUGGAAAGUGAGAUUGAUGCAAUUAAUAAGAAAAUUGUCAACAAUUUGACAUUUGGUGACAUUUUAGAUUUUGAUGAGUAUUCUAAAUUUGUUGUUGAGAAGCACAUUGCGUGUCUCAAUACUGCUGUGAGCAGUCCUACAUUCAACCAACUUAGGUCAUCUAUUAUGUCCCACUCUGGAAGGCCACAACUUUUCAGCUUGGAAGAACCAGUUCAACAAAUAAUGACAAAAUUGGACAUGAUUGUGAAGGUAUUUUCAAGUAUGAAUUCUGAUCGUACCUACACAUUCCUUGUUGUUUGUCUUGGAGUUAAAGCUUUGAUUCUAUUCAAACAACACAAGUACAGAAUAUCUUCUUCGGCAGAUAUAACCUCUGCCGCCAAUGAAAUUACCAAGAUGCUCACGACAAACAAUUCGUCCAUAUCAACAACAACGACACUGUUGAAUAAUAAUAAUAAUGGAUCUUUGAGUAAUAACAAUAAUAAAAAUUUAUUGCUCGAACAGCAACUCCAAAACCUAAUUAAUAGUCAACAAUUUACGAACACCCAAAAUAGUCCACCACAUGGAUUGAACAGCCAACUCACCAAUACUUUGAAUCUAUCGUCGAGUGUACACCAACAAUUUCUAUCUCCAUCCACACAACUAAACAAUCCAACAGCAACCUCCUCUUCUAUGAAUAGAGCAUUAUCAUUGGAAAACAUCAUCGGCAAUACUCCUUCCUCCUUUAAAACAAAUCAAAGCAAUAAUAAUAACACUGUUGGAGGACAAUCAAUGAUGAAUACAACAAACAAUCAACAGGAUAUGCUCAUCAAUUUGUUAUUCUCUCAACAACAACAACAGCAAAAUGGUGGAGAAUAUUCAAGUAGUAACAAUAACUUAAUUCCAUCAUCAACAUCAAAUGGUCAAUUAAAUUCUCGUACUAUGGAUUCAUCAAGUAUUGUUCAAAAUUUAAUGAUGGGAUUACAAACUCCUAAAGCCAUUAAUCAACCAAACCCCUCCACUAAUAAUAAUUUAUUGAAUAAUCUCGAUUUAAACCAAUUGUUACAAUCAACAAAUCAAUAUUUCCCUUCUAAUAAUAAUAAUAACAAUUACAAUAAUAUGAAUAACAACAAUAAUAUGGAUAAUAUGACACAAUUAUUACUUUCUGAUGUAAAUAAUUAUAUGAAACCGAACGACAAUGUAUCAACAGUAAAUAUGAAUAAUUCAAACGAUGAGAUACUACAACAAAUCAUUAACACUCUUCAACCAACAACAGUAACGACAUCUAAUUCAUCCAAUAUGUUUAAUAAUAAUAACCAAAACCCUAGUUUGGAUGUUACCAAUUUAAAUGAUAACCAAAUGAUUACAAGCAGCAGUAAUGGAAGUUUGACAGAAAAGCCUAUGGAUAAUAAUCAAGAUGAACACGUGCCACAUCCUGGUUCACUCGAGUUGAAUCAAGAUCCUGAGAAGAUGUAUUUCCCAAUUGCUUGUGUUAACUGCAGAAGUAGGCACAAAAAGAAGGGAAGACAUAAUAAUCAAUCAAAUACUAAAUCAGCCAAAGCUAGUUCAUCAACAACAGUGGUAGCAACUACAAACAACAGCAAUAACUCUAGAUAUCAACCAUAUCCACAAACAAGUAAGAAUAAUGAUGUUCAUUUAGAGUUUACAGAUGAGCUUAAACGAAUUCUUGCCUCACAAAUGGGAUUUUCAAAUAAUUUGGAUCAACAUGGAAUUAACUGGACUGAAAUGCUAUCAAACACUUCACAAUUACCAUUUUUCCAAAAUCAAAUUGCUGAAAAAUUGAAUAUUGCUGCUUAUAGGAAGAAAACUAUUGAACUUUAUGAAGGAGUAAUUUCUCUAGGAUAUUCACUUGUAGACAUUAAUUUAAUAGAGCAAGCUUUAUUUGAGAGCGAAAGUAUUGACAGUAAUUCAAACUACUCUCCUGAAAUUCUUUCUCUGUUAUACUCUAUUCAUGCUGUAACUUGUCAGGCAUUGGGACACGAUCAACAGGGAUUUUUAUCAUUCCAAAAGGCAAAGAAUUGCCUUGCUAAUUUCUUUGAUUCUUGGUCAAAUAUUUUGGUUGCUACUACAUAUUGUCAUUUGUCUGUUUAUUGCGCAAGCAAGGGAGAUUCUGAUACAGCAAAAUUUUAUUUGAACUUUGUUGAUUUUUACUUUGGAAAUAGACACAAGAUUGACUUUGAUAGACUGGAAGAAUAUGUAAUAGAUUCAAAUGAUAAUUCUUUGAGGGAUUUAAUGACCAAACAUGCUGACGAUCCUAAUAUUAAGAAUAUUAUGCAAAAUUUGGGAAUUAAUUCAACUGAGCUCUUACUUCGAAAUACUCAAUCAUCACCUACUCGUCACAUUUAUGAGAGACUUCCAAAGGAGGCUGAUUUUAAAUUGCUCAAAUUUAGAAUUUUGUGUGGAAUUACUCUUGAUGCAUGUGGCAAGGAUCAAUAUCCUGUCAUGUUACGUAUCGAUCCACCAUUUGCUAUCAAAUCACCAGAAACAUCAAAUGACUUGUCACUGUUGGGUAAAGUCAGUCCAGAGGGUACUUUUCAUCUCUCUGAUGGACUUGUAAAGAUGGACUCAUCCAAUUUCAAGAGAUAUUCUUUCAGUUCUUACUUUUGUAAAAUUUUGGCUGAUAUGCAUUUAUAUAUCACAGGCAGAAUCCCUAAGCAUGUACUUCACAUGUUAACAGAGGUACAACCAACCCUAGACAAUCUAUCCUCAUACAUGGAAAUAAUCGAUAACCUCUCCAAGAUUUACAGAGAACAUGAAAAGAGAAGAAAAUUCAAUGAUUUACAGCUACCAUUGGCCUUGUGUAUUUUCAACUUGUUUGUCUUUGGUACCAAGUUAUUCCUUGUUAAGGAAGUAUACAGAAAGACCAAAGCAACCCAAAAGAACUCCUCCCCUAAUUCCACAAUGACAAAUAAGGGAGUUUUACAUUUUCUCAAUUCUGAAAUUUUAAAACUCUCCAAUGUUGUUACAAAAUGUACCACUAUUGAGAAUUUUGAAUUGUUGAAACCAAACUUGAUGAAUUCAGUUGCGAGUGCGGCUGAGGUUCAUUUAGAAUUGUUGGAGGCACUUUCAGAAAUUUCACAACUUCCAUUUGCUUCCAUUGUAGAAACUUUGGAGCUUUCAAAUUACUUUGGUUCAACUUUCAGUGCACAAGAUAUUCAAAAUCCAUUAGCUCACAAACAAGUUAUAUCACAAUUCGAGCAGCAACUCUUGGAUAUGAUAGAUUUGGAUAUUAAUGCGCUAAAUACAUGGAAAGAUAGAUACGGAAAUGAUAAGUAUGCCUAUCUUAUUGAAAGAAUGGAACUGUUCAAGCAAAGAAGAUCUAACCAAUUAUUUGAAAGUAUUCAAUUUCAGUCACACCCAAAUAAUUUAUUUAACAACUCUUACAAUCACGAGGACAACUACUCCCUAAACAUACCUCAAGAGAUACAGCAAAAUCUCCAACUUCCUGAUAUUUACAAGUUGGCCAAUAUCCUUAAAAGUGAAAUGGAAAAGAACAAAUUAAAUUAA